AUGUAUGCUGAUAUAGUAAUGUUGUUAUUUCCGAACCUUAUAAGUAAAAAGUUGUCAUUCACUGCCUUCCGCACCUUUGUUCAGGAAGUCCUCUUCAUUUGGAAUAUCUUUCCUACUGACACUUUCAACCUCUAUAGCACAGCGCUGACAAAGCUGCACAGCGAAGCCACUCGGAUCCUCUCCACUCCGGAGAAAUCUACCAGAGAGGCCUUAAACAACAAAAAUAUCAAGCCAUUGUUGAAUACCUUCAGCCAGUUACCUGGCAGUGAAAAUGAAAAAAAAUGUACCCUUGACCAGGCUUUCAGAGGUGUUCUAGAAGAAGAAAUUAUAAAUCAUUCAUCAUGUGAAAAUGUUUUAGCUAUUAUCUCUCUUGCUAUUGGGGGAGUAACUGAAGGUAUUUGUACUGCAUCUACACCUUUUGUGUUGUUGGGAGAUGUUUUGGAUUGUCUUCCUUUGGACCAAUGUGAUACGAUAUUCACUUUUGUGGAAAAAAAUGUUGCUACUUGGAAAUCAAAUACAUUCUAUUCUGCUGGGAAAAAUUAUUUACUACGUAUGUGCAAUGAUCUCUUAAGAAGAUUAUCAAAGUCCCAGAAUACAGUCUUCUGUGGACGAAUUCAACUCUUUUUGGCCAGACUUUUUCCUCUAUCUGAAAAGUCAGGACUUAACUUACAGAGUCAGUUUAACCUGGAAAAUGUUACUGUCUUCAAUACCAAUGAGCAGGAAAGCACCUUGGGUCAGAAGCACUCUGAGGAUAGAGAGGAAGGAAUGGAUGUAGAAGAAGGUGAAAUGGGAGAUGAUGAAGCUCCAACUACUUGUUUAACUUUGCAGUAUUCUGAAGAAGUUCUAGCUGUUUUUAAGAGUUAUAAAUUAGAUGAUACUCAGGCAUCCAGAAAAAAGAUGGAAGAGCUGAAAACAGGAGGAGAACAUGUCUAUUUUGCAAAAUUUUUAACAAGUGAAAAGUUGAUGGAUUUACAGCUGAGUGACAGUAAUUUUCGGCGACAUAUCCUGUUGCAGUAUCUCAUUUUAUUCCAGUAUCUCAAAGGGCAGGUCAAAUUCAAAAGUUCAAACUAUGUUUUAACUGAUGAGCAAUCACUCUGGAUUGAAGAUACUACAAAAUCAGUCUAUCAACUACUAUCUGAAAACCCCCCUGAUGGAGAAAGAUUUUCAAAGAUGGUAGAGCAUAUAUUAAACACUGAAGAAAAUUGGAACUCAUGGAAAAAUGAAGGCUGCCCAAGUUUUGUGAAAGAAAGGACAUCAGAUACCAAGCCCACAAGAGUGGUACGGAAGAGAACAGCCCCAGAAGACUUCCUAGGCAAAGGAGCAAACAAAAAAAUACUCAUGGGAAAUGACGAAUUAACAAGGCUUUGGAAUCUCUGUCCAGACAAUAUGGAAGCCUGUAAAUCAGACACAAGGGAAUACAUGCCAACUUUGGAGGAGUUCUUUGAAGAAGCCAUUGAACAAGCAGACCCUGAAAACAUGGUUGAAAAUGAAUAUAAAGCUGUGAACAAUUCAAAUUACGGUUGGAGAGCCCUCAGACUAUUAGCACGGAGAAGCCCUCAUUUCUUCCAGCCAACCAACCAGCAGUUCAAAAGUUUGCCAGAAUACCUUGAAAACAUGGUAAUAAAGCUAGCCAAGGAAUUACCACCUCCUUCUGAAGAAAUAAAAACAGGUGAGGAUGAAGAUGAAGAAGAUAAUGAUGCUUUACUGAAGGAAAAUGAAAGUCCUGAUGUUCGGCGAGAUAAACCUGUCACUGGGGAACAGCUAGAGUUAUUUGCCAAUAAGCUUGGCGAACAAUGGAAGAUUCUGGCUCCGUACUUGGAAAUGAAAGACUCUGAAAUUAGGCAGAUUGAAUGUGACAGUGAAGACAUGAAGAUGCGAGCCAAGCAGCUCCUGGUUGCCUGGCAGGAUCAAGAAGGAGUCCACGCAACACCUGAUAGUCUGAUUAGUGCACUAAACAAGUCUGGAUUAAGUGACCUUGCAGAAAGUCUAACUAAUGACGAGACAAAUAGUUAGAUUCUUUUCUUUUUUAUUAAAACUGUGAUAAGAUUUUGUUACCAAGCAGCAUUUGAUAAGAGGUCCACUGGUUUUGGUAAACAAUAAACAUUUUUAUAACAGUU